GCAACGGCCGCGGGAAAGUAGUGCGUGGCGGAGUGAUCUGAGCGGCGCGGGGCUGGAGGGAACGUGUGGCGUAGUUGGAGACUUAGGCGGGCCGCGGUGUGCCGUGGGUUUGGCCUGCGAGCGCCGUUGUGAGCGUACCGCUGGGAUCAGCCGCGGUUCGGCGGGGAGGAGAGGUGGCGGGACGCGUGUGAGGAGCGGAAGGGCCGAGCGUGUGCUGCUUGCUUGGACCGGAGAGCGCUGGGGGGGGGGAAACUGCGGCGGGCCAAGAUGGCGGGCAGAGCCGGCAGCGUGUGGACGGGGUGUGGGCCGGCUGUUCGUUUUCCGCUCGCGGGCGCAGCGCGAUCCGGAGACGGGAUAGGAACAGGGAGCCACCGGGAAAAUGGCGGCCGCGCAGGCGCAGCAGCGGCCCCAAGGAUGGAGGAAGUGGGCGCGCGCCCUGAGUGGGAAGGGGAGGAGACGCGUGGCCCCGCCCCUCGGGGUGUGGGCGGGUCCUCCUGUGACGUCACAGAGCGGCAUGGGCGCUGCUUACGUCAUCAUCUCGUGUGCUGACCUCCCUUCCAGACCAACAUGCACAUCUUCGUGAAUACCCUGACUGGCAAAACCAUCACCUUGGAGGUGGAACCCAGUGACACCUUCGAAAUUGUCAAGGCCAAGAUCCAGGACAAGGAGGGCAUUCCCCCUGAACAGCAGAGGCUGAUCUUUGCUGGCAAGCAGCUGGAAGACGGGCGCACUCUGUCUGACUACAACAUCCAGAAGGAGUCCACUCUCCAUCUUGUCCUGCGCGUAAGAGGAGGCAUGCAGAUCUUUGUGAAGACCUUGACAGGUAAGGCCAUCACUCUGGAGGUUGAGCCCAGUGACACCAUUGAGAAUGUCAAGGCCAAGAUCCAGGACAAGGAGGGCAUUCCCCCUGAUCAGCAGAGGCUGAUCUUCGCUGGCAAGCAGCUGGAAGACGGGCGCACUCUGUCUGACUACAACAUCCAGGAGUCCACCCUGCACCUGGUGCUGCGCCUGAGGGGAGGGAUGCAGAUCUUUGUGAAUACCGUGACUGGCAAGAUGAUCACCUUGGAGGUGGAACCCAGUGACACCUUCGAGAUUGUCAAGGCCAAGAUCCGGGACAAGGAGGGCAUUCCCCCUGAACAGCAGAGGCUGAUCUUUGCUGGCAAGAAUCUGGAGGACGGGCGCACUGUGUCUGACUACAGCAUCCAGAUGGAGUCCACUCUCCAUCUUGUCGUGCGCCUGAAAGGAGGCAUGCAGAUCUUUGUGAAGACCUUGACAGGUAAGACCAUCACUCUGGAGGUUGAGCCCAGUGACACCAUUGAGAAUGUCAAGGCCAAGAUCCAGGACAAGGAGGGCAUUCCCCCCGAUCAGCAGAGGCUGAUCUUCGCUGGCAAGCAGCUGGAAGACGGGCGCACUCUGUCUGACUACAACAUCCAGAAGGAGUCCACCCUGCACCUGGUGCUGCGCCUGAGGGGUGGUAACUGAAGUAGAGAUUCCUUGCUUCCAAGAAAAAGUUCCUCUGCGCAUGUUCAUUCCAAUAAAAUUCUUGCAUCCACAAAGAUUGCUGUCUCUUAAAUCUUUCAAGCAGCUAUUUUAG